AAGAAGAAGAAGAGACGCGCAGCAGGAAGUGUUCACAUCGGGCCCGUCCAUGUGAUGCUGUUUGCUUCUUCAUUCAUUCUGGAAAGCACAACUUUGGCUCACGCGUUAGCUUUCUUUCACAAACAAACCAAAGACGAAAACGGCCGUUACCCCGUGCAAGCGGCCAGCCAGCUAGCUAACUAGCUAACGUAGAAAUCGCGCUAGAGUUGUUAAGAAAAGUAGCAUCUGCAGACACGUUGACUGCGUACGUCGAUUCUUAAUGAAAAGUGCAGUGGAUACGAGCAUGAUAAAGGAAAACCGCUGGAACGUCCCCCCUAAUGCGCCAGCCUGCAUGGAGAAGCACCUGUGCUCGGUGCAGUACAGAUCAGAUGGCACUUUGCUGCUCGGUGCCUCCAGUCUCAGUGGCAGGAGCUGGCAGGGGUCCGUUUGGAUCUACAGUGACCCAAAGCAGGCCCCCAACGAGGAACUCUGCAAAGCUGGUGUGCAGACUGAGACCGGAGUCACCGAUGCCAAAUGGCUGUCAGAUAAGGGCAUUCUCGUGGGAUCUGACUCUGGCGCUUUGGAGCUCUGGGAACUGUCAGAGGAUGAAGGUCUGCUGGUGAACCGCUUCACCAAACUUGAGCACGACCACAUCGUCACCACGGUGAGCCCACAAGCUGGAGCAAGCGGUGCCGUCACUGGUAGCAUGGACUGUCGGAUUAAAGUCUGGGAUCUCAGUCAGGAGACGGCCGUCACCACCUACCAUGCGCACACGCAGCCAGUCUCCUGUGUUGCUUGCAGUCCUACAGACGAGUCUCUCUUCAUCUCCUGUGGUCAGGAUGGCCGUGUGCUCAUGUGGGACAAGAGGAAGCCACACAAACCUGCCUCAAGAAUAGAUAUAGAGUCCCCCAGCUGCUCCGCUACCACUGUAACCUGGCACCCCCACCACAGAAGCACCAUUGCUUUUGGGGAUGAGUUGGGCAGAGUGACCGUGAAGGAUUUCCUGGGAACAGAGCCGGCCCGGAGGGAGACGGUGCACAGCCGUAGAGUCAACGGUCUCGCCUUCUCUACACAUGGUGCCUCCUUGCUCGCCUCCAUAAGUGAUGAUUGUUCAGUCGUUGUUUUGAACUCGGAACUGCGAGAAACGCUCAGAGAUAGGCGCCACGAGGACUUUGUUAAAAGUGUGUGCUGGCUUCAUGGUGGAUCCAACACACUCACCACCGUAGGCUGGGACCACCUUGUGCUUCACCACACUGUCAAUCCAGCGGCUGAAGCUCCCAACUCUUCCUCUUAGACCCAAAGAGGAUCACACACCUUGGAAAGAGCACAUUUUAAGAUGACUCCUUUCCCCCCCUAUUUUUGAGGGGCCUCCACAAUAUCCAAAACGUUAAAUCUGUCAGUCAGGAAGUAUGGACUACGAGUGUCUCAUUGUCCUUUAGUACUCCACAUAUGUGCAGAAUAUUCAGUCUUUUUCUCUCCCAGCCCCUCAGUUAAUUUCUACAAUUUGCAACAUAUAUGUUCUCUCUAUUCACUUCCUCCAUUCUGUAUAGCUCUGUCUAAUUAUGCUUAAGGUAACCCAUUUGUAUGGCAUCGUUUUACAUUAAAGGUAACUUCAUGUUGAUAGCACCACCA